UCCCAGACAAUUAGAAGAGUUUCAGUUUUGUCGCACGAAAAACCGGAAAAUUCUAACAACCCGUCGACCAUUCUUCACGCCGUCCUGCUUUCUUUAUACCUUGCCAAAGUAAAUAUUCACUUUCAAAAUGGCCCCACCUCCUAAAGAUCGGUGUAUAGCUGUCAUGGGGUUCAGAUCUGUUGGCAAAUCAUCGCUGACAAUUCAAUUUGUUGAGAACCAGUUUGUGGAUGCCUACGACCCUACCAUUGAAAACACAUUUGAAAAGAUGUUAAGACUUGGAAAUCAAGAGUUCAAGCUGAAGAUAGUAGACACGGCUGGUCACGAUGAGUAUUCCAUCUUCCCACAAUCCCUCACUGUCACGAUACAUGGAUAUGUCCUGGUCUACACUGUGACGUCACAGAAAAGUUUUGAUGUUGUAAAAAUCAUAUAUGAGAAGUUACUCGACACAACCGGAAAUGUAAAUGUUCCAGUGGUUCUAGUCGGAAACAAGAAAGAUCUACAUAUGGAGAGAGUUAUUUCAACAGCGGAAGGGAAGGAGCUUGCACAGUCUUGGAACGCAGACUUUAUAGAAUCAUCAGCUAAACAAAACGAGAGCGUAGUGGAUAUCUUCAAGACUGUUCUCCAAAUUAUUGAGAAGAACGAAAGGGGAACGCAAAAGAAAGACGAUAACUGCGUUCUACUGUGAUUCCAAGCCUGUCUACAUCAUGUGUCACAGCAAUAAAAGGUGCGCCUUUGUAUUUUUAAAGCUUUUUUGUUAUCGUGUUUUUUUUUUUUGUUUUUUUUUUUGUUUUUUUUAAAGGGAGGGGUUUUAGGGCUAGUCUUUGUAACCAAUUAUGUUUAUUUCUUACUCUUUAGCUAUUGGCGUCCAUGUCGGGCUAGAAUAAAAAAAAAUAUACAGCAAACAAAUUUUGAGAAUUUGUCUUUUUGUUUGUUUUCGUUUUUAGUAUUAAUAUUUUUCAUGGAUAGUAAUUGUUGGUUUAAAAACCUUUAAAAAUCAAAAUGUAUUGCCCUUCCCCCCCCCCUUUCUCCCUCCUGUUUCUACAUUGAAAUGUUUUGUCACUCUUUUUCCCCGUUUUUAUUUCAUAUUGUUUUUCCAUGGUAUAAGUUUUACUCUAUUCUUGUAAAAAAAAAAGUGGAGGAAGUGAAUGAAAUGACACUCUCUUAACCAAAGUUAUACCGUAUU